AUGUCCGACGAGUUCGACGAGUUCGACGACGGGCUCGACCUGGCGCAGCUCGACGAGGCAGAGCUCGAGAGCCUCGAGCGCCUCGAAAAGCCGCAGCCCAUCGCAGCUCCCGCCGUCGUAAGGUCGGCCGCCAUACCGCCAGCAAACAGGGCUGCGCUCCAGCAGCGAGCCUCAACGUCGCACUCGUCGAACCUCCCUCCAGCUGCUUCCACGCUCGCACGAUCCGCAGACGACACCUUCGACCAGGACGAUUUCGACGAUGAUGUACUCCUCGGCAUCGACGAGAUCGACCCGCCCGAGAGCCGCGCCGCUCGCGCGCACGGCAGCUCCGGGAUACCUCUCUUCUUCAUGCCCAGCUCACCCGAUGUCCAGCCUCUGUCUGCGGCCAAGGCCGACGGCGCUGGCCACAAGCUGGCCUCUUCCCGCAUGGCAGCGGGGCCAAGCUCGCGACCCGCCAACCAGAUCGGUUCGGCCCGUCCGAUCGGGCGCACGCUGUCUACUUCCUUUGCCAGGACGUCCUCCGGCAGCGGUCCGGCGUCGAACCGCACCAGCUCCGGCGGUCACCGGCAGAUGACGCUUUUUGGCGAGGCCGUACCUUCCAGCACACCGGCCAAAAUCCUUCCCAUAUCGCCCGGCCACAUAUCGAUCUCGGCCAGCAGCAACACGUCCGGCGGCGUCGGCUCCAACGGCGGACUCAGACAGCGGCAGCCGACGACCAAGCAGUGGGACAGGACCGCAUACGCCAAGAGCGGGAGGAUGUCGAAGAACAAGGGAAAAGGCAGGGCAAGGGAAAGAGAGAGGGACGAGUUCGGCGCCUACGUCGACGGAGAUGGAGACGACGACGACGACGACGACGACGAUGACAACAACAACAACGGCAGCGACGGCGGACAGGGGGACUGGGACGCCAAGUCCGGCUGGCAGAACAAGGCGACGCCGGCGCCAAAAGUGCACCUGCCCGAGCCGGCCAAGACAAUCAAGCAGCAGAUCGAUCGCGAAGCGGCCAGGACCUGGAUCUACCCGAUCAACAUGGAGAGGCGAGACUACCAGUACAACAUCGUCCAGCGAUCGCUGUUCAACAACGUGCUCGUCGCCCUGCCGACCGGCCUGGGCAAGACGUUCAUCGCGGCCGUCGUCAUCCUCAACUUUUUCCGCUGGUACCCCGAGGGCAAGAUCGUGUUCCUCGCGCCGACGCGGCCGCUGGUCGAUCAGCAGAAGAUCGCCUGCCACGGCAUCUGCGGGCUGCCCUGGAACACGGCCAUCGACCUCACCGGCAGCACCAAGCGCGCCCUUCGCGGCGACCAUUGGAAGGAGAAGCGCAUCUUCUACAUGACGCCGCAGACGUUUGAAAACGACCUCGCCAGCGGCGCCUGCGACCCCUCGGACGUCGUCUGCGUCGUCGUCGACGAGGCCCACCGCGCAACGGGCAAGUUUGCCUACUGCAACGUCAUCAGCAUGCUCAUGCAGACCAACCCGCACUUCCGCGUGCUGGCGCUGACGGCGACGCCGGGCAGCAAUGCCGAGAGGGUGCAGGAGGUCAUCGACCGCCUCCACAUUGGCCUCAUCGAGAUCCGCACCGAGGCCUCGCUCGACAUCCGGCGCUACGUCCACAAGAAGCACGAGGAGAUCGUGCGCAUCCGGCUCGGCAGGGACCUCAACGCCGUGCGCGACAAGUGGGGCCGGCUGAUGCGGACGCACAUGGAGACGCUCAGCAAGCACGGCAUGCUGCACCAGAGGGAUCCGAUGAUGGUCCAUCCCUUUGCGGUGCGCUCCCUCCUCAGCGACCCGAGGCACAAGGCGGUGCGGGCGCAGAGGCCGCAGCUCUUCACUGUCAUCAAGGAGCUGGCCGAGAUGGCGACGCUGAUGCAGCACCUGCUGGAGCAGUCGGCCACCAUGUUCUACAACCGCGUCCUCACCAAGCAGCGCGGCAUCGACGAGCGCGGCAAAAAGGCCGGCACCAAGAAGCAGACGAUGUCGUCCAACGCCAACUCGACCAUCCGCGAAAUCAUCCGCGAGCUCGAGAUGAUGCAGAACGAAAAGGGCCAGAUCAUCCACCCAAAGAUGAGCGCGCUCCGGCAGCUCGUUGAGACCCACUUCAACACCCACUGCGCCCAGCAGAUGCUCGCAGAGGACGUGGCGGGCAGCAACGGCGUCGAGGGCACCCAGCACGAGACGCGCGUCAUGGUCUUCUGCAGCUUCCGCGAGUGCGUCAUGGAAAUCGUCGACUACCUCACAUCUUCCGGCCUCAAGGUGACGCCCUUCGUCGGCCAGGCGACGACCAAGAACGGCGGCAAGGGCAUGUCGCAGCGCGACCAGGAGCGCGUCAUCCAGCAGUUUAAGAACGGCGACUUCAACGUGCUCGUCGCCACCUCGAUUGGCGAAGAGGGCCUCGACAUCGGCGACGUCGACCUGACAGUCUGCUACGAGGCGGUCAAGGACUCGGUGCGCAUGCUGCAGCGCGUCGGCCGGACGGGCCGCAAGCGCGACGGGAAGAUCGUCGUGCUCAUGUCCGAAGGCCGCGAGGAGCUCAACUGGCAGCAGUCCAAGGACUCGUACAAGGCGGUCCAGAACGACAUCAACUCGGGCCUCGCCGUCGAGCUGUACGACGACGUCAAGCGCAUGGUGCCCGACGACAUCCGCCCCGAACCGGAGCUCAAGCAGGUCGACCAGCCCAAGUUUGAGCCGUCAAUGGUCAGCGACGGUCGCAAGGCUGCAGGCAAGGCAAAGGCUACCGGCCAGAAGCGGCAGCGCAACAGCGAUCCAGCGCGCAACGUGCCCGAGGGCACGCUGAUGGGCUUCUUCAAGGCUUCAAAGCUGACGAGGAAGCGGAAGAAGAGCGGCGACGGCGACGGUGGAGGCGACGGCCAGGACGGCGACGACGGAGACGAUGACGACGACGACGACAGCAGCGACGAUCCUGCCACGGCGAGGAGGAAGAAGCUCCUGCUUAGCAGCAGCCAGUCCGAGUCCGAGGCCAAGGGCGCCGACGACGACGACGAGGCCGACCGGUACAUCGAAAAACUUCUGAAGCGUGGCCUGUUUGCCACCGAGCCGGCGACGGCAGAAUCUGGCGGCUCGUCGGCUCCUGCAAACAGAGGCGGGCGAAGGCAACCCUCUCUGUCGGCCACAUCCUCCGCAGCAACACCGUCCAAGGAUCGCCUGACCCCGAGCGAUUCUCAGGUCAGCGAGCAGCGAUCGACCCGCCGGCGUCUGGGCACGCGGAGAGUCUCUGCCGCACCGUCUGCUCCUGCGGCCCCUGAAAAGACCAAGGCAGACUGUAUCGAGAUUCUCGAUUCCUCGCAGGACGUGGCAGCGGCCUCUCCACGCACGCCCAAGCUGGCGCUGCAGGAGUCGUCGUCGGCCAACCUCGCGUCGGACCUGCGCAGCAGCAAGCCGCGCGCCACUGCCGUCUCGUUUGCCAGCAGCACGCCACGGCCGUCGAAAAAGGCACGGGUCGUGAGUGCAGACUCGGACGACGAGUUCGGAUCGCUGCAGGUCGACUCAGACAUCGAACGACAGAUUGGCGACAUCACCCAGGCUGCCAAGCCUCGGAACACAACGCCGACACUGGAAGCGGCGGACUUGGCAGCGCUUAGGUCGCCCGUUCUCGACGCCGCUCCGACAUCACUGCUGCUGCGAGGCGAUGCCGAUGCGAGCGCGACGUCUCCGCUGUUGCCGGACACUCUCGCAUCGCAUUCGGAAGCCGUAGGCCUCAGCGUGCUGCAGCACACGGCCGAAAUCGGCGUUCCCGGUCCAGCUGGAGAUCGACACGAGGUGUCGAGCCCAAUCAAGGCAGCGGGUCGACGUCGGCGCGACGACACGGCAGCUCGGACAGCGGCGCAAGAGCGAGGCAACGGCAGUGACUCUGAUUCGAUCGUCGAUGUCGCUUCCGACGCUGAAGGAUCUCGGCCAGCCGGCGCUGCGCUUCGCAGACGGGCAGCCCCGCGCCGGAUCCUCGCCACGUCGUCGCAAUCGCCACCGCCAGUAGGGGCCGCGACGAUGGCCUCGGGACCGCAAUCCGCUCCUGGCACGAUGGGCCCCCCGGACUCGAUUCCUCGUCGUCGCGCCCGGGUUGCUCUUCCUGAUCCGGACGAGUCGCCACUCUCACGACCCGUGCGGCCGCGUCGUCGCUUGGUCCCCGCCGCCGCCGCCGCCGCCGCCACUUCGGACGAGUCGGCAGAGGCCGCCGGUGCAUCAGCAUCGUCCAUCAAGACGCCUCCCCUCGACUCUCAGGCAUCGAAGAAGAAGGCAAAGGGGGGCGCGGCGGGCGCGAACAAGAGAGCGGCCAAGACGGGCAAGAAGCGGAUCGGGGCGUCGCCGACGUCGCGUGCCCUGUUCCGGUACGAGGCUGAGCGGUCCACCGACGAGUCUGUCCACGGCGAGGGCGACGAGAACGACUCGGGCCUUGGCAGCAGCGACGAGGACGACGAGGACCGGAGGUACGUGGGUCACUUUGAACCCACCCAGGCACCGCGCGGAUACAACCAGACGAGCGUCUACAUGGGCAGCCUGCUGACGCAAAACGCACCUACGCCAUUCAAGAACCGACUGGGCAACCGUACCCCCUUCCCUGGACUCGGAGGUCGAUUCGGUCAACAGUCCCCCGCCGCCGCAGGAGGAGGAGCGGUGGGUUACACCCAGGACAGCCAGGAUCGGUACAGCCAGGACUCGUUUGUCGUCGCCGACGACGAUGAGAUCGUCUAUGAUUCCGACAUCGACGACGACGACGAACGGUAA